AUGGAUGAAGUUAAUAUCUCCUACGUCACCAUGUUUAUCCUCAAGGGGAUCACAGACCGGCCAGAACUCCAAGCCCCAUGUUUCGUGAUGUUUUUGACAAUCUAUCUGGUCACGGUCCUAGGCAACCUUGGGUUGAUUGUUAUAAUCAGGGUUGAUUCUCAACUCCACACGCCUAUGUACUUCUUUCUCAGCCACCUGGCCUUUGUUGACCUCUGUUACUCAUCCGCUAUCACACCGAAGAUGAUGGUGAACUUCGUGGUGGAGCACAACACCAUCCCUUUCUAUGCCUGUGCAACACAGCUGGGCUGUUUUCUUACCUUCAUGAUCACAGAGUGUUUCCUUUUGGCCUCUAUGGCCUAUGAUCGCUACGUGGCCAUCUGCAGCCCCCUGCAUUAUUCAACACUGAUGUCUAGGAGAGUAUGCAUUCAAUUAGUGGCAGUUCCUUAUGUAUACAGCUUUCUGGUUGCCCUUUUCCAUACGAUCAUCACUUUUCGCUUGGUAUACUGUGGGCCUAAUGUAAUCAACCACUUCUACUGUGAUGACCUUCCCCUUUUAGCACUGUCCUGUUCAGACACACACAUGAAGGAAAUUCUCAUCUUUGCUUUUGCUGGCUUUGAUAUGAUCUGCUCUUCCUCCAUAGUUCUCACCUCCUACCUCUUUAUCAUUGCUGCCAUUCUGCGAAUUCGCUCCACACAGGGACGACGCAAGGCCAUCUCCACCUGCGGCUCCCACAUGGUAGCUGUUACUAUUUUCUAUGGCACACUGAUCUUCAUGUACCUACAGCCCAAAUCAAACCACUCCCUGGACACAGACAAAAUGGCGUCAGUGUUUUACACAGUGGUGAUCCCCAUGUUGAACCCCCUUAUCUAUAGUCUAAGGAACAAAGAGGUGAAAGAUGCCUCUAAGAAAGCUUUGGAUAAAGGGUAUGAAACCUUAAAAAUAUUAAAGUUUAGAAAAGAAUGA